AUGACCAAAACAAAAAGACAGUGGCUGCAGGGUCUACCCAAAGCCGAGUUGCAUCUGCACCUCGAAGGGACGGUCACGCCCGAGACGCUGGUUGUGCUCUCUGAGCGGCACGAUGCCAAGCCGCUGACGCUGGAAGAGGCCCGCGCGCUCUAUGUCUUCAAGGACUUUCUUCACUUCCUGCGCACAUUCAAGCUCGUCCUCGAUCGCCUGCAGACGGUCGAGGACUAUGCCUUGAUCACCAGGGAGAUGCUACGCAACCUACAUCGCCAGGGCGUUGUGCACGCCGAGGUCUACAUUGCCUGGGGAAACAUUCUGCACUGGAAGUCGCAUCUCAAGGUCGAGGAUGUCAUGACGGCGGUCGAGGACGCGAGGCGCGAGAUUGAGCGCGAGCUGGGCGGUCCCUCGCUCCUCUGGAUCAUCGAUGCGACGCGGCAGUUUGGCGCCGACGAGGUCGGCCGCGUGUUCCGCCUGGCCGCCGAGCUCAAAGGGCGCUUCCCCUCCAUUAUCGGCAUCGGCGUCGGCGGCGACGAGGUCGGGGGUCCUCUUGAGUGGUUUCGCGACGUGUACGCCGAGGCUCAAAAGGCGGGCUUGCGACUUACGGCACACGCCGGCGAGGCCACGGGCCCCGUCCAAGGUCCGCUGCAAAUUCGCGAGGCGCUGGCGAUGCACGUCGAGCGCAUUGGUCACGGCCUGGCUGCCCAGUACGACGACGAGCUCAUGGCCAUGCUGGCGAAGCAGCAAGUUCCGCUGGAAAUCAAUGUCACGUCCAACGUCUUGACGGGGGGUUGUCCCGCCGUCGAGGCACACCCAUUGCCCCUGUACCUGGAGCGCGGGCUCUUAUGCACCUUAAACUCUGACGACCCGACCAUGUUUGGGUCGGAUUGCUUGGAUGAGUACGUUCGGGUUAGUGAAGUUUUUGGCUUUGGCCUCGAAAAGAUGAGAGAACUGGCUCGCAACUCUAUUCAUGCUAGUUUCUUGUCAAACGAAAGAAAAGAAGACCUGCUGUCGGGAAUAGAUGCCUACGUAUAA